AUGGACCAUUCCAGGUCAGAGGCCCCUGCCAAGAAUGUGCUGUCUUCCAAUUUGGAACAAGAUGGUGUAAAACAGCAAUUUCUUGCCUUCCGUUCUGAGAACUUAUCUGGGGGAGACACUGUAGCCUACUGUGUGGAGACUCCUAACAUCUGGUUUCUGCCCCCUGCUGUCCUGACAUGCCUGGAGAGACAAAUCAAAAAGAGGCAUGAUGUCCUCAAGUGGAAAGAAAAAAAGAAAGCAGAAUCUUUUCCAAAACAACAUCAGCCAAAUUACCAAAAAUUUUCUUCAGAGAAAAGGUCAGAGUCAGUUGCUGAUGUCCCAUCUCUACACCCCAAGUCCCUGAGCCCUAGUGAACCAGCUUCAGGUGAUUAUUCCUCAGCUUUUGUCUGCUUCAAUACAGCAUCCAAUGACUCCAAAGCUCACAAAUCCCCAUUCCUUCUCUAUACCCCAUCUGUGUUCCUGCCUGCAAGCCAACCUCAACCUUUGCCCAAGACCUCUUCCCAACCUCAGCCCCAAUAUCUCUCUCCUCAACAUGCCCAGACCCAGCUUAAGCCUCAAUCCCCACUCCCAAUUCUGUCACCUCCUAAAAAACAGUUUAGGAUCUGUGGAGUGCGUGAUCUUGGACACAAAAUUGAGGCACUAUCUCUGGUGUCAUCUGAAAUUCAUGACCUCGAAUACAAUGUGAAGAAAAAAUCACAGAAAAGUCUGUGGGGUUUACCCUCUGUGGUCCACAAAUCCAAGGAGGACUUUUGUCCUCCAGCUCCCAACAUUGUUAACCAAUCCUCCAAAGCUCAUGCUGCAAUCUCCAUCCUUCAUGGAAAUUAUCCCCUCUCAGAUGAUGUUCAGAAGAAACUAGACCACCACCUUCGAAAGAGGCGUUUGCAACACUUGUGGGGCCUGCCCCGCAGAGUCUAUGCAUCCCUGUCACUGAUGCGUCCUCUAGAAAAAAUUCCUGAGACCUCUGAGUCAAAGAGAAGUCGUGGCCUCUCAAGAAAGUCUUUGGGUAAGAGUCAGAGCACCAAAGAUAUAAAUAAGGGGGGCUCGAGCCAACCCAGAAACCUUCAUGAACUGAGCUCAGGAAUGCUUCCUCUAAAGAUGGGAGUGAGGAAGGCACAGAGAGAUGGUACCAAGAUUGAGCAAAAUCGUCAUGUGCUGAGUGACCAACAUAAUGUUCUGGGGUCUUCCUCAAGAAAGAACCUAGAAUGUCACUUGCAGAGCCCAUCAGGUGGACCUCCAAGUACCUCAAAGGUGAAUCCACUUCAGAAACAACUUGAAAAUGCUUUGAACUCCCACCUGAGCAAGAAGUUUCAGGAAAUUAAUGAGGGUCAGAUUCCUGACACUGUGCAUAGAUCAUGGCAUUCUAUCAAGUUGGCAUUGCCUGUAAGUGAGAAAUCCACCAGACAAACGAGUCACAAACCUUUGGCACCAACCAGGAUGGACAGCUCUGUCAAUACUAUCCAGGCUAUUUCCUUCCUUGAUGCUGGCAAGAAGAGGAUGAUGGAAGACCACAUUACACUGUUUCAUAAGAGGUUGAUAUAUGGCCUUCCCAACAGGGUUCAGGAAUCCCUAGAGAUCUUUAAUGAAAAAGAUUCAUAUCACUCCUUUUCUCACUCCAAGUUUCCUUUUUCUGCCACCCGUAUUUCUGGGGUAAAUUCUAAACAGAGCAUGUCCAAGACCCAUGGAGGAAGAUCUAAUGCUUUUCAUGGAGACAAGGAGAAAACCAAAAAUGCAACUCAAAGUCUAGAUCGUCCUCUCCUUGCCACCUCAGCCAUGGUCAAGAAAGAACAGGCGAUCCUGACACAAACAGUCUUUGAGAUCAAGCAUAAGCAUGUAGAGGACCUUUGCAGAAUAAAGGAUGGCAAACCAUCUGUUUUGCCCCAGACACAGAGCAUUAUAGGCAAAGCUUAUCAGAAACCACCUGUAGCAGCCAAUAGAUGCAGCCCAAAGCUGCCCAUGAGGCUAGCUGGGGUUGGACCUCAGGAAAUAGGACCUAAGAGACUGAGUUCCAGCUACAGUGUAGCAAGGCCUCAGGGCAAUAGGAUGCCCUGGGGAAGUUCUUCCAUGUCCAAGAUAUCUGAGAAAUCCAGGGAGACAUUGAAGGCACAGGAGCUCUAUGCUUGUCAGUCACAACCUCCCACUGUCUUGACAACCAGAAAUCCAGAAAGCUCUCCAGUGUCAGAUGUCUAUACUCCUGAAAAUUCCCCCAAAAUAUUAGUUGUUAGAGCCCCUGGAUUGUCACACCUUAACAAUCCAUUGUUUGGUGAGUUAAGGGCUAAAAUGAAGAAGGGGGAACCUAGCCAGAAGCAAGGCCAUAGCAAUGGCAUACCCCUUGUUUCGAAUAGCUUGUCUUCCAAGACCUUCCUUAAACAUGACCAGGGUGCUGCAUGCAAGAACAUGGCAGUUUCCCAGGUCCUGCAUGUCCACAUGGACAACACGCAGACUUGUAUGAAUCAUGGGCAGGGACCCUGGGUCCCUAAGCUUGACUUCCACAAAGGCCAUAAUAAGAACUGCCCAGCAACUGCUAAGACAAUGACCCCUCCAGGACCCAAAGCACGGGAGCUUGGUGAAGGGGAUGCAGGGUUGGGCACAUGCCAACCCAGAAGGAGGAGCCACCACCCUCAAGACAGAACAUUAGAGCAGAGACUUGGGAGCAAGUCCUGCUCAGCCCAGUUACUGAAGGGACCAGCUCCUCCUGAAAGCCUCAGAAACCAGAUGAAGAACUUUUUUCAAUGGCUUUACCCUAACAUAAAAAGCAAAAGGCAAGAAGGUUCCCUGGAGAAGGGCAGCUCCCCAUCAUCACCUGUGCAGGGCAGAGGCCUAGUCCAAAGGAGUGCUACCUUUACUGGGAAUACUGACAACCCCAGAAUCAUGAGAGAUGGUGAAAAUGUCCUGGGGGAGAAACAUGCACACUGGCAUGGAAUCAAUGUCACCUGCCCCCAAGAGCCACAUUUGUCCCCUGUUACGUCUGAAAACUCAAGGUCUAGGCAGAGUUUGUCCAGGUGCAUCCCUUCAAUUACAAGGCUCCUUGCUCUAAAGUAACAAGGAUCAACUCCAUGCCCACAGGGAUCCAGAGACUCAAGUCUCACCUGUGGGCAUCAAGUGUGCCAGUUGUCUCUGGUUGCCCCUUUCUGUGCUGAAGCCAUUUUGGUUAUUAUUCCCUAUUUUGUAAAGAGAAACUUCUUAUCCACCAUUUGCAAGAAGGAAUAUUUCCUUUCCUAUAAUAAUUAUCCCUGAUGGAAAUACUGAAUGUCCCCAAUAAAUGUUCUUACA